UUGUUCUCAAUAAACUUUCACAGUUACUGUCAAGAUUGUUUCUAUGGCCUGCAUAACCGCAUAUUUCUUGCUUUUGUGUAGCUCACAAUGUCUAUGCAAAUGAGCAACACAAUUUUAAAUUUAAAGAAGAUCACGUGAGGGUGAGACUCCACGGGAUUUUUGAUAAGGGCCAGUUUCUAGAGAGAUGAACACAAAAUGGGUCUGAGCUGCCUAAGGACGCCGUAUCAUUUGGAUUUGCUCCGACAUACGGAAGGAAUACUGGGCAAGGAGCACAGCACGCACCGUGCAGGCCAGUGAGUUCCCCGGGCGGCGGCCCAAGAGCUGGAGUGGUUGAAGGAGAAGGUGGCAGGCCGGGCCCUGAGCUGUUCAGCGGUCGCACCUAAUGCUCUGCUGAUCCGUGUCUCCUUGGGGGCAGAAGAGGAGGCCAGAGGAGGAGGCCAGGCCCCGGAGGCUUCUCCCACCUUGGCCUCCCUGCGCUCUGCUUCUGAAAGGGGCCCAUGUGCUGGCCACAGAAAUUGCAUCUUGUAAAGAGAAUCACAGUGGUGACGUGAAGCAUCUCCAGGAGGAGCACAGCAGGACAACUCCCGUCGGAGUACAGCGUUUCUAAGACCCACGUUCCCCCUCCCCUUCUGCCAGAGGGCUUGAGCGACCACCCACUUCUGCACCAGGCCCGCCUUUUCUGCCGAGAACAGGCACCACGAUGAGUGGGGAAGCAAUGGAUGCCGUCAGUGUCUUCGGCAUAAACGAUGAUGAUCUGGGGUCGGGUAAUAGCAGUUUGGAUUAUUUACUUGAUGAUGACAGCUUACUGUGUUCCUUGCAAGAGGUCAGAGAAUUCUCUGAGCUGUUUGUGCCAAUUGCUUACUCCCUGAUAUGUGUCUUUGGCCUCCUGGGCAAUAUUUUGGUGGUGGUCACCUUUGCUUUUUAUAAGAAAGCCAAGUCCAUGACAGAUGUGUAUCUCUUGAAUAUGGCCAUCGCAGACAUACUGUUUGUCCUCACUCUCCCAUUCUGGGCCGUUAGCCACGCUACUGGCGAGUGGAUUUUCAGCAACGCCACGUGCAAGCUGAUGAAGGGCAUCUACGCCAUCAACUUCAACUGUGGGAUGCUGCUCCUGACCUGCAUCAGCAUGGACCGCUACAUCGCCAUCGUGCAGGCCACCAAGUCCUUCCGGCUGCGGUCCAGAACGCUGGCGCACCGUGGGAUAAUCUGCUUGGUGGUGUGGGUGGUGUCGGUCCUCAUCUCCGGCUGGACGUUCAUGUUCAACCAGAAGUACCACGUGCAGGGCAGUGACGUGUGUGAGCCGCGGUACCACGAGGGCUCGAACCCCAUCAAGUGGAAGCUGCUGAUGCUGGGGCUGCAGCUCCUCUUUGGCUUCUUCAUCCCGCUGGUGUUCAUGAUCUUCUGCUACAUGUUUAUCGUCAAGACCCUAGUGCAGGCUCAGAACUCCAAGCGGCACAAGGCCAUCCGCGUGAUCAUCGCGGUGGUGCUGGUGUUUCUGGCUUGCCAGAUCCCCCACAACAUGGUGCUCCUCGUAACGGCCGUCCAGCUGGGCAGGAUGAACCGCCUCUGCCACAACCAGAAGCUGCUGGCCUACGCCACCAACGUCACCGAGGUCCUGGCUUUCCUGCACUGCUGUCUCAACCCCGUGCUGUACGCCUUCAUCGGACAGAAGUUCAGGAGCUACUUUCUGAAGAUCGUGAAGGACCUGUGGUGUGUGCGGCGGAGGCAGAAGGCGCCGGGCUUCUCGUGCUCCAGGCUGCACUCGGAAACUUUCAUCUCCAGGCAGAACAGUGAGACUGCAGACAACGACAACGCGUCGUCCUUCACCAUGUGACCGGCCGGGAGGGAGCCCGUGGCCCCCGAUCGGACUCAGGGGCCUUGUCCUCCCGCAGGCCGGAGCCCCCGGGGUGCUCUCUGCCUGGCCCCCAGAGCAGGCCCUGGGGAACGCCCCGAUCACAGCCAACUGCGGACUCGCGUGGACAUUUUCAGGAAUCUUCACGAAGCAGCCCGAGAGCACGAUUUCUCCUGCCCGCCGCAGAACUCGCAGGGUUUAGAAAACCAGGACAGAAAAGGAGUCACGUAGGAGCCCCCACUCAGCUCAUUUUCGGCAGAAGGUGAGACAUUUCACCCAAGCUGGAAAAGCAACACGGGGGUGGGGGUGGGGGGACAGACAGGAGGACGCUGGCUAAGCAUGGGCGUCGACCGUCCCCGUGGAUAAGGCAGAUGGGACAGCACCAGGCCAUCGGGAUUUGCUGUUUGCUUUAUUUCCUUGAGAAAAUGUUCUCUGCAAGCAAUAAUUCUCCAAAAAUCAGGCAGACAAGAGUUCCACGAAGAUGCACACAAACAGCAAACAUGCAGCACACACAGGGGCUUAAUAAACAUCUGUUAGACAAAUAAAGUGAAAUUGGGGGUUAUGGUGCAGUUUAGCAUGUAAGCUGUUCAAAUUACCUUCUUUAAAAAGUGCAAAGAGGCUUCCCUGAGACAAUACAGCAAGAGCAGCGAGCGCUUCUGUUCCGCUUCCAGAGGAGAGCAGAGGCAGCACAGAGCGGACCCGGUGCCAAGGGCUUCAGGUGGCGGCAAGGACCUAGGACCAUCCCCUUCUGCUGCUGAUUUUAAAGUGGUUUUACCCAAAGUCUGAGGUUAAUCACGGAAUCAGAUUUUAACAACUCUCUUCAGCUUCUAGAAAGUUCCUAGGACUCAAGUUUUGAGGGUGCUUUGUAAACAUAUGAACAUAAGUAGGAAAAAAAGGAAAAAAAGAAACCCAGACAUUACAAAAAUGCAAGCAUGUAUUAGGAAGGUACUAAUGUGCGUUACAAAGAUACUGACAUGCCUAAUCCUGAGGAAUGCGUUCUCGAAACUUUCCAUUGUUCUUGUAAGCUUUAACUGCAUCUCUCUAUGAAAUUCAAAGUGAUAUCUUAGGAUUCCAAGUCGUAUGUUUGAAACAUAGUUUUGGCUUUGCAAAAUGAAACUAUUUUGGGUAUGAAGUAGGAACUGUCAUCCAGAAUCAGUGCCCUGACCCGGGAGAUCGAGGUGUCCAGAGGUGGCGCAUCCCGAACACACCUGUGAGCAUUGGACUCCGGCAACCAGAGCACAAGGACGUUACCCAGAUGCUCCUUGCAGGGUCGCUGAUGCGCUGAGAGGACCUAUGGAGAGAAGUUUGUGUUUCUAAGCUGGCACGGAAAUAUGUCGCUUAUUGUGGCUGGAAAUAAGCUCUUCUGUACAAUUUGAAUUUUCAGAUAAGUGAAGCUUACUUCUUUAUGCAAUAACCCAUUUAAAAUUUCAGCCAUAAUGAAUAAAAGUGUUUCUAAAAUAUGA